AUGCGAAGCCUGCGUUUCCUCUCUCCGCAGGCGAAUCAACAUUGUGGUUUGUCUUUCCUGUCAUGUUCCUUCCUUCUCGUUGAGCUGCUCGACCUCUCCCGCUGCCCUCCAAGGGUUCCGCACUCGAUCGAUACCGCCGCUGCUGCAACGCCUAUCUGCUUUCUCUGCAUCCCUUGCCUUGUCCACCCCCCAACCCCCAAAAGGUUCGGCUGCCCUGUCGGACGUCGAUAUAACCCGGUGAGGAGGCUUGAGCAGACGGUGUUGGACCUUUUGGUCUCAUCUGCUACGCCCUCCACCGCAUGGGUUUACGUUUUGAGCACACCCGCAGGCUCUUACACGCCGCCCCUUUCCCCUUUCCCUCCCACGUCAGCGCGCGUGCGCGCUGUGCCCACACACCUUCCCCGCCGUGGGGGGUGGAUGUCUGCCGCCGCUGCAUUGGUCGCGUACUCGUGUGGAUCCCGCGGUGAGCUUUUCCGCGUGCGCGCCGUGCCCGCCGACAUCACCGCCGUCAUGUCGGAUCGCUACGAAUCCAUAGAGACGAGCUUACAGUUUUCAAGCUCCAGUCGCCUCAGUACCGUGUUGCCUCCCAUAGACGAGGAAGGAUGCACUGAUGUGUGGGUCUCCGUAGUGGCGGGGGCCUCCUCUGACAAGAGGCAAGGCGGGAAGGGCAGCGGCACACGUGCGCGCAGCCUGCAGCGCGUUGUGCCGCCCUCUUUCCUGCUCAACGAGGAGGCGACGGCGUCCCUCGAGAGUCAGCUUCGCAUUCAUCGAGCGCUGUCCGCGUUGUCUUCGAGGCAAGAAAGUGGCAAUCGCGUGCACGACUCCGCGACGGCCACGGCAGACUCGGAGUACUACUUCCUCUCCACCAUACGCGGUAGCACAUCCCCGCCUGGCAUGAGCACCUACUUUGGCGGUGCAGUAGCCCCUGAAGCACCGGUAGCGCGGGUGCCAGAAACAGCGAUAUCCCUCAUGUCGGAUAUCGAGUCCUUCGAGAGCAUUGAGACCCCUCGCAGCACUGUGGUCAGUGCGGUCGCAGCCGCACAGGUAUCGCGCACCAUCUCACCGUCGCCGCCGACACCGCUGUUGCACUCGCGCAAGCCGGGGGCUUGUGGAGGCUUGCUCCAUGUUGAGGUUGUUGUUGUGAACGCCGAAGAGGCGCGAGCUGCUCACGCGCUGCUCACCUCCUCCUCUGCCGCCAUUAUUGCGCGGUACCGCCUUGUGAAGCUGAAGGUGGUGCAGCGCAUCUACCGCCUCUACUACGACAAGUGGCGGUGGAGAAUUGUUCAGAGCACGUCCGCGGUGCCGCCGCUGCAGGUCACCAAGGGCAUACAACCAUCCGCGCCGUGUCAGCGCUCUGCCUCGGUGGGGACGGACUUUGCCGACAUCGACUCCUUUCACGCCAGCCGCUCCAUGAGUCUUUCCGGGGACAGCCCUGGUGUGCAUGUAGCGGUGACCGUCCCGCCGCGGGACGCGCAGCCUCUUCGUUCAUCCCCAGUGGCCCCUACUCCCUCCCCGCGGCUCGGGGAGGGGGAGAGUGAGGGAGGGAUUGUCACAUGGUCGCCGGCGCCGGCGUUUCGACUGGAAACCUUUGCAUCUGCAUCGCCGCCACCACCAUCGCAACCCUCCAAGUAUCGCACGCCCACUUUUUCUAUCCUUCCGGCUGCUCCGCCGAGGGACGGCAUUGGCGUGCGCACGAAGCCCGCGAAGCUCGUGGACUUUGGGCACCCCUCCGAAGGGCCGCAGCGCAAGACGCUACAUGUCACCUCAACGCCGGCGGUGAAUCUGCCAGCGGUGGUUUCCUCGCCGGAGCGCAUCUUCCGAUGCUGA